AUGAGGGCUUCGGCUGAAGAGAAAUAUGGCAAGGAGCUGGUAAGCAUCGCCCACAAAGCUGGAGGCCUUUCGGAGAUAUGCACAUUGAGAAGCUCUUUUGAUGAGUUGAAAAAACAAAUGGAAAACGUGGGGAAGCAGCACAUGCAGCUGUCCCUGGUUCUGCGGGAGGAGGCGAAGAGGAUGGAGGAGUUCAGAGAGCGACAGAAGGAGCAGAGGAGAAAGUUUGACUGUGUCGUGGAGAAGGUCCAGAAAAAUAAAGUCUCACAUUUCAAGAAGACGAUUGAUUCCAAAAGGUUUUAUGAGCUUCGCUGCAGAGACACAGACGAAGCUGAGCUAAACGUGUACAAGAUGAGUAACUCUCCUGCAGCGACCCCCAGGACUAUCGAGAAGGUAAAGUCCAUCUCUCCUGCAGCGACCCCCAGGACUAUCGAGAAGGUAAAGUCCAUCUCUCCUGCAGCGACCCCCAGGACUAUCGAGAAGGUAAAGUCCAUCUCUCCUGCAGCGACCCCCAGGACUAUCGAGAAGGUAAAGUCCAUCUCUCCUGCAGCGACCCCCAGGACUAUCAAGAAGGUAAAGUCCAUCUCUCCUGCAGCGACCCCCAGGACUAUCAAGAAGGUAAAGUCCAUCUCUCCUGCAGCGACCUUCAGGACUAUCGAGAAGGUAAAGUCCAUCUCUCCUGCAGCGACCUUCAGGACUAUCGAGAAGGUAAAGUCCAUCUCUCCUGCAGCGACCCCGAGGACUAUCGAGAAGGUACAAAUGAAGUCAAAGCUGUGCAAAGAAGAGGCAGAGAAAGCUGAAAAACAGUACAUGGCCAAUGUGGAGCAACUCGAUAGAAUCCGUCACGAUUGGGAGUCGGCGUUUAUAAGCACCUGUGAGAUUUUUCAACAGCAGGAAGAAGAUCGCAUCAACAUUCUCAGAAACGCUAUGUGGACUCACUCGAACCAUUUAUCCAGUCAGUGUGUGAGAGACGAUGAGUGCUACGAGAACAUAAGGAUGAUUUUAGAAAAGUGCGACGCGACCGAGGACAACAAUAGCUUCGUAGAGCUGCGCCGCACCGGCUCCACUCCUCCAGCUCCCAUUGUUUUCCAAAACUUCUACCAAAAUGACAUUUCCACUGAAAAACUUGGAAGCAGCAGAUUUGUUGGUGUGAUGAAAAGGUUUUCUGAUCUUCUUCAGAACACAGCAUUCAAAGUGAACCCUGAGCCUGUGCCACAGAUCAUCGCCGAGUCCACAGACGCCGUCUACGCCUCUAUCCCGGGACAUCCAGAACAAGACCAGCACAAGUUCAAAGUCAUGUACGACUACAUGGCCCAGGGAGAGGAUGAGCUGACUGUGUGCGUUGGUGAGUCGGUUGUGGUGACAGCGUGCGGAGAAGACGGAUGGUGGACCGUCCAAUGCAAUGGAAAAACCGGCUUAGUCCCAGGCUCUUACCUUACACCGGAAUCAAGUAGCUUACAUGACGGACAGUGA